AUGACUUCCAAAUUUUCUAAUACUAUUGUGACAAAUGGAACUUAUUCUUUAUCUACAUCACAUCCUGGUUUUCGAACCACUUAUAGUCAUUACAAGCGAUCCAUUUUACGACAACUUAAAUGUACAUGCUCUACUGAUCGUAUUAAUUUUGCUAAUAAUAAUCUAAGAAAGUCAUCUUCGUCCAAAGUACGGGCGCGCUUUUUCUCGAAACCUGAAUCUCGAAGUAUAUUUGUUAUUUUCUCCUCCAUUGCUGAAACACCAGUAGACUCACAGGCAAUAACCUCUGGAGUUGGUGACAAUCCUUUUGUGCAACAAGUCUCCAUGUAA